AAAGCGCGCCCACACACAGUCUCUCUCUCUCUCUCUCUAACGCCGUCACUCCAUGAGCCCUCGCCCAUCACGCCGUUAACCCCGCAGCCGUCCCUCUCGCUCUCGCGGCGACGGUCGGUGUUCUUCUUCAUCACACUCCUUCCCUCUCCAUCGCCCUUCUGGAUGCGUGCUUGGAUAUAAAAACGAGGGGUCCGUCCAUCCCGUUCCAUGUCUCGCAUUGUCGUUCCGAGUCUCCCGCCCGCCAGACCCUCCCGCCUCUUCUUCUCCAACGCCAUGGAGCUCCACGACCUCCCCCGCGCCGCCCCCGCCCCCUCGCCGACCCUCGCUCAGCUCCUCAAGCGCGUCGGCGACGCCCGCAAGGAGGCCACUGGCGACGGCGGCGAGACGCCCGUCCACCACAGCGCCCUCGACGUCGACCCCAGCGAUGCCAGCCUCGAGCCGCGCUCCCUCCCCUUCGUCCUCCAGUUCAACAACCUCACCUACAGCGUGAAGGUUCGCCGCAAGGUCACCCUCUCCUCCCUCCUCCCCCGGAGCCGUAGCCGCCUCGGCUCCGCCGCCGUCGAGGACCCUGUCGCCGGGGAGAGCCUCUUCACCCGGAGCAAGGUCCUGCUCAACGACAUCUCAGGCGAGGCCCGCGACGGCGAGAUCCUCGCCGUCCUUGGGGCCAGCGGCUCCGGGAAGUCGACGCUUGUUGACGCGCUCGCGAACCGGAUCGCGAAGGGAAGCCUGAAGGGGAGCGUGACCCUGAAUGGGGAGGCGCUCGAGUCGAGGCUGUUGAAAGUGAUAUCGGCGUACGUGAUGCAGGAUGACCUCCUCUUCCCGAUGCUCACGGUGGAGGAGACGCUGAUGUUCGCAGCCGAGUUCCGCCUCCCCCGGACGCUGUCCAAGUCGAAGAAGCGGAUGCGGGUCCAGGCCCUGAUCGACCAACUGGGCCUGCGGAACGCGGCGAAGACGGUGAUCGGCGACGAGGGCCACCGAGGAGUCUCCGGCGGGGAGCGGCGGCGUGUCUCCAUUGGGACUGACAUCAUCCAUGACCCGAUCAUCCUCUUCCUCGACGAGCCGACCUCGGGACUCGACUCGACUAGCGCCUACAUGGUGGUAAAGGUGCUGCAGCGGAUCGCCCAGAGCGGGAGCAUCGUGGUCAUGACGGUGCACCAGCCCAGCUACCGCAUCCUUGGCCUCCUUGACCGCCUGCUCUUUCUCUCCCGCGGCCAGACCGUGUACAGCGGCUCCCCCUCAAGCCUUCCACUCUUCUUUUCGGAGUUCGGCCACCCAAUCCCAGAAAACGAGAACCGGACUGAGUUCGCGCUCGACCUGAUCCGGGAGCUCGAGGGGUCCCCUGGCGGCACCAAGAGCCUCGUCGAGUUCAACAAGUCAUGGCAGAGCAUGAAGCAAGCUACCGGAAACUCGGAGCCCGACCGCAACGGGCUGUCCCUGAAGGAGGCGAUCAGCGCCAGCAUCUCACGUGGGAAGCUGGUCUCCGGCGCAACGAACGACGUGAGCCCGACCUCCAUGGUCCCCACCUUCGCCAACCCUUUCUGGAUCGAGAUGGCGGUCCUGUCCAAGCGGUCCGUGACCAACUCGCGGCGUAUGCCGGAGCUUUUUGGUAUCCGGCUUGGCGCCGUCCUCAUCACGGGGUUCAUCCUCGCCACCAUGUUCUGGCAGCUAGACAACUCCCCCAAGGGCGUCCAGGAGCGGCUCGGCUUCUUCGCCUUCGCCAUGUCCACGACCUUCUACACCUGCGCCGACGCGCUCCCCGUGUUCCUCCAGGAGCGGUACAUCUUCAUGAGGGAGACGGCAUACAAUGCGUACCGGCGGUCAUCCUACGUGCUUUCGCACUCGCUCACCGCGCUGCCCUCGCUGGUGUUCCUCUCGCUCGCCUUCUCGGCCACGACCUUCUUCGCGGUAGGGCUCGACGGGGGGCUCUCGGGCUUCCUCUUCUACUUCUUCAUCAUCUUGGCCUCCUUCUGGGCAGGCAGCUCCUUCGUGACCUUCCUGUCGGGGGUGGUCCCGCACGUGAUGCUCGGGUACACCAUCGUCGUGGCGAUCCUCGCCUACUUCCUCCUCUUCAGCGGCUUCUUCAUCAACCGGGACCGCAUCCCGCCCUACUGGAUCUGGUUCCACUACCUGUCCCUGGUGAAGUACCCAUACGAGGGGGUUUUGCAGAACGAGUUCCAGGACCCGGCCAAGUGCUUCGUGAAGGGGGUCCAGAUCUUCGACAACACGCCGCUCGGGGCGGUGCCGGAGACGGUGAAGCUGAGGCUGCUGCAGUCGAUCAGCAGCACGCUGGGGAUGAACAUCACGGCGUCGACGUGCCUGACGACGGGGACCGACAUCCUGCAGCAGCAGGGGGUGACGGAUCUGAGCAAGUGGAGCUGCCUGUGGGUGACGGUGGCGUGGGGCUUCUUGUUCCGCAUCUUGUUCUACAUCUCCCUGCUGCUGGGAAGCAAGAACAAGAGGAGGUAAAAGGAUCUGGGUGGACUUUUCUCCUCCUCCUCUUCUUCCUCUUCUUCUUCGAUUGCCAAGAUUCAAAUUUGGCGGGAAGCACCCUCGUUUUUCUAUUUUUGUUCUUUUUUUUUUUUUUUUGCGUUGGGUUUUUUGUUGUUAUAAAAUGAAGUCGGGCUCGAAUUUGUAGAGAGGGUAUGGACGGUGGAAACUGUUGCAUAUAUCCUAAUGUCGUUCCAUUACACAAAAAAUCCC